AUGCCUGAACUUGCACAUUCACCAACUACACAACCAGUGCUAUCAUUAACGCCAACUCCUAAUGUCAAGCAAAGCAAUACAACCACUGUGACUGAGGAUAAUGAUUCCCUGUCUUCCAGAGCAUCUUUACUAAACGUUGCACUGAGUGGUGGUAUUGGUGGUUUAAUCGGCGAUAGUACCAUGUACCCUCUUGACACUGUCAAGACCAGACAACAGGGCGCACCCAACGAGCUCAAAUAUAGAUCAACAACCCGAGCGUUUUUAAAUCUUGCACGAGAAGAAGGCAUUUUCCGUGGCCUUUAUGGUGGCUACUCGCCUGCCGCCUUGGGGUCAUUCCCAGCAACGUUGACGUUUUUCCUGGUAUAUGAAUCGAGCAAGCGACUCUUCAUCAAUGAUUGGAACAUUCCUGAGCCCGUUGCGCAUUUCACGUCGGGCUGGCUCGGUGAUUUGGCGUCGUCGGUUGUUUACGUUCCGUCAGAAGUUUUAAAAACUCGAUUACAACUGCAGGGUCGCUACAAUAACCCCCAUUUUUAUAGUGGUUACAACUAUAAGGGUAUGAUUGAUGCUGCCCGAACAAUAGCGCGUGUCGAAGGCCCCGGCGCUCUCUUUUACGGUUACAAGGCCACCCUGAUACGUGAUUUGCCGUUUUCCGCACUCCAAUUUGCGUUUUACGAAAAGCUGCACGACAUGGCCCAGGAACACGUUGGCCAUCAUAAUGACAUGGGUGUGGGUCUCGAGCUGGCUACUGGUGCCAUUGCUGGUGGUCUAGCUGGUGCCAUCACAACUCCAUUAGAUGUUGUCAAGACACGAAUCCAAACACAGCACAAUGAUGGCGGAAACAGCUCUAGUUCCAGUUGCAGCACAACCACUAAACCAAUAAGUCCCAAGGCACCUCUUGGAACUGGGUCCAGUCAUAGCACAGGCAACUCAUUCCCCAGUAAUGCCUCAUCUGCAUCGUCGACCAAAAGCUAUAGCAGCUUAUCAACUAACACGCGCUCGGCAUCGAAUGCGCCCGCAAUUCUCACAGAUUCUAUCACCAAUGGGUUGAGAAUCAUCUACAAGACGGAAGGCAUUGCUGGACUUUUUAGUGGCAUAUGGCCCCGUAUUGUGUGGACGUCGGUGCAGAGCAGUGUGAUGUUGUUUGUGUACCAGACCACAUUAAAAUACUUGGAAGAUGGCAGUAAACCUGCUGGUGUUGUUUUUUGA